GAACUGAUUGAUACGGGUGUUUUUUAUCUGAUGAAACAAAGUAGAAAGACGAAAGAGGAUGAUAGCUGGACGAUGAACGAACAAGCUGAAAGAAUCGUCAGCAAUUUGGUGCAGAAAUGCGAUUCGUCCUCACUGGUAAUUGCCGUUGGGAACGGUACGGCGAGUCGACCAACGCAGUGCGCUAUCGCUUCCCUUAUCAAGCGCAAUAUAUUCGCACCAAUUACCGUGAAGUUUUGGUCUCUUUCAACAGCUUCAUUAAAAUUUGCCUUUUCUUCUCGUAAACUACACAAAACAUUAUAA